ACACGAGCAGGGUGAGACUCGCACUUGGAAGAGAACGGAGAAUACCAACCUUCGCCUCUCUGAAAGGAACAGCUGGGUUUGAUUUAUGAAACGGAAACAAACAGAUUAAAUGAUUGAAGGAGUCACAUCAUAAAAAACAAUCGCUAUUUGCUGUCAAGGAGAUAUACCUAGAUAUAAGCUACCGAGAGAGGUUGGCUAUUGGUGAGCAGGGUUGUUGGUUAACGGUAGGUUUAUAGAGCACGAGCGCUGAAAUAAGCCGAAGAGGGAGUGUUUUCAGAACCUUGGAUAGAGCACGCGAGCGGGACCAUGGCUCCAAUGGUGACGAAAGAAAUGCAGUUUGAGGUGCCGGUGAGUGUUGCCGUGGUGAGUGUGUUUGGCCUAGUGUCCUGCGUCUCCAUCUUCGCCUGGAUCUGCUGCCAACGUAAGAACACCAAGUCCCAAGGGACAACACCCUACAAGUUCAUGCACAUGCUCAAAGGCAUCGACAUCUACCCAGAGAGCCUCAGCGACAAGAAAUUAGACAGCAAGAUCGACGUCAACGGAAACUGUAAUGUCAACAGCACCAAUGGUAAACAACAACAACAACAAGUGGCCUCCAGCCCAGCAGAGGGCAGAACGGCCCUCCACCUCGACCUGGAAAAACAACAAGACCUGAACGACAACUUCACCAUCACCACCAAACCCCCACACCCCAACGUCCAGAUCCACACCAAGGUCCGCAGCUCCCCAGACUUGGACCUCCCCAUGCCCCACCCAGGGUUCACCCAAACUGGGGUUAGAGACCUGGCCCUGGUCACCCCCACCAGUGGCAGUCUCUCCAGCCAGGCCACCCCCCACACCCAAGGGGACGCGGACCACAACAAACCCCAGGACGGAGGCCCCGAUGUCGGCCUUGGGACCCUCCACUUCUCCCUGGAGUACAACUCAGAGAAGAAGGCCUUCGUGGUUCACAUUAAGGAGGCCCACGGGCUGACUCCGACCGACGAUCAGUCCCUGACUUCUGACCCCUACAUCAAGCUGACCCUGCUGCCUGAGAAGAAGCACCGGGUCAAGACCCGUGUCCUGAGGAAGACUCUGGACCCGGUGUUCGACGAGACCUUCAGCUUCUAUGGGAUCCCAAUGGUCCGCGUGCAGGAGCUGUCGCUCCACUUCAUGGUGCUCAGCUUCGAUAGGUUCUCCCGUGAUGAGGUUAUUGGCGAGAUGCUCAUCCCAUUGGCCGGGAUCGACCUGACGGAGGGGCGUGUCCUGAUGAGCCGUGAGAUCAUCAAGAAGAAUGUCAGGAGGAGUGCAGGUCGAGGGGAGCUGCUGUUGUCUCUCUGUUACCAGUCUACCACCAGUACUCUAACAGUCGUGGUGCUAAAGGCUCGCCACCUGCUGAAGACCGACAACCACAGGCCCUCAGACCCAUAUGUGAAAGUCAACCUCUUCAAAGGGAAGAAGCGUGUCAGUAAAAAGAAGACCCAUGUGAAAAAGUGUUCCCCCAACCCUGUGUUCAACGAGCUGUUUGUGUUCGACAUGGCCUCUCAGGAGGGGCUGAAGGAGACCAGCGUAGAGCUCCUGCUCAUGGACUCUGAGUCUCCACCAACCAGGCGGGGGGGCUCCUCCCAUUCCCCCAAUCCCAUCUUGGGGCGCCUGAUCCUGGGUACGGCUUCUGCCGGCACCCCCGGGGAGCACUGGAGGGAGAUCUGCGACCACCCGCGCCGGCAGAUUGCCAAGUGGCACAUCCUGUCCGAAGACUAGAGAUUUGUUGAGGCUUUGCCGUCAAGGUUACAGCGGAGCUACGGUUAUUUGGUGGGGGGGGUGUCUACAGCGACGGGCAUUGCCUAACAACAGGUAGAUUUUAACGUGACCAACACCCAAGGAACUAUUGAUAAGUGAAAGGGGGAGGGGUGUUGAUUCUAAAUGAUGUAAUUAAUCAAUCAAUCAAUCAGUUAUUCAAUCAAUUUAUCGAUCAUUGAAAUUGUUUGGUUAUGGUGACCGAGAAACCCAAUCAUUCGUCUAUGAUCCCAUAGACUGUCACCACAACGACCCCCGGCAAUGCAGCUCUCUAUCUCCAUGGCAACAUCAUCUGAUCGUCACGGCAACCUUGUGCAGUGCAGAAUGUCCUAGUAACUGUCGCUAACUUCUACUAUUAUUACUAUAAACAUUACUCCUUUGUACGACAAAAAACAUUUUAUUAUUACUACUGAUGUAUAAAGAUGUGGAUUAUCAAAACUUUAUUUUAUAAAUAUGCUAUCUUUUAUUUAUCAAAUGUUAUAUUUAUUUAUUUUUUUGUUUUUGUACUCUUCUGAGUAUGUUUUGUAAGUAAAAGUGGUAUUUCAUAUCAUUGCAUACCAGAGGGGCGAGACAAGCCUAAAUUAGGUGACAGAAACGAAGCUUGGAUUGCAUAAAGGACUUUGUGCUUGUGUAUUUAGGUCAGAAGGGAUGAGAGGCAUUGUGUAUUCUGUCUUUACUGUGAGCACAAAGACAGCUUGAAAUGUACAUGUACCUUAAUAUAAAACAUGGCAAGUUCUGAGAAAAGCACCUCAAUCGGUUGUGUUUUAUUUCAAUGUUUCACAAAAACAUCCUUAAAAUACACAUUUUUAACAUCCUGUACACAAACCAU